AUGCCAAUACCUCAACAUAUAACUCUCAUUAUUCGCCUUGAUAACCUAUGCAAAGAUUGGUCAUCGGUUCACAGGCGUUCGUGUUUAUUGUUUUCAUCGCUAAUAAAUAUUUUAACCCAAAGGCAAGCGACCACGAAUGUCUUGCAAAACAUUAGCGUUCCCAAUUCCACGAUAUCAAGGGUAGCUACGAACACGAAUUUUGCCCCAAUCUCUUCAAAUCCGUUGGAUCAAAUUUUGACAUCACAGACAUUAAAUUUGGUCAUAUACAAACAAUCCCGUGAAAUUGAAGAUGUAUUGACAAAGAUUCAUAAAAUCUUAGAUGAAUUUGAGGAGAUUUUGAAGUCGAUGGAGAACUUAUUGUCGCAGAAUAAUAAGAUCUUGUUUGGACCAUUGAUGACCGCCAACGCGUCAUCAUCAGUGUCAACGAGUUCUGCGCAGCCUUCCCUUCCAACUUCAUCAAAAAAAUCUUCGGGAAAAAAGAAUAAGCCUUCGUCAAAUUCAAAACAGACUUUAAAGUCGAGUGCCCCCAAGAAACGGUUUCUCCCAGAUGAACGAAAACUAAAUGACGUGACUGAUAUUCAAAUACCCUUGUCAAAUUAUUAUAUUUCGGAGAUUACUCGAAUGUAUGAACAGGAAUUAACGCAUAAGCGUAAUUUGGUAUUUGGUGGUGCUUUAAAGAUUGAUCAUAAUAAAAUCGAGGGGGAGGGUGGAGUCAAGAUGGUCGGCGAGCGGUGGGCCGCGCAACCUUGCAUCGAUUUCGAGGCCGAAGAAAUGAUGUCAGAUAGAAUUAAAGUGUGGAAAAUGGCAAAAGAGAUCGGACAGUGA